AUGAUGUGGCCUACUCCAAAUAAGGGCUAUGAUGGUCGUCACCUACUUAAGAUUUGGGAGAAAGUACGGGAAGAUUGCGCCACCAGAGAAAAACCCUUGAAGCUAGUGGGGCAUUCAACAGACUCAGCAGGAUUUUCCCUUUCGGCAUUGGUCACUCUUAUGACACCAACAGAAGCUACUGUAAAAGAAGGAAUUAUGUACUUGGGCCUCUGUAUUCCUGAUGAGAGGUUUGUGGCUCCUUACUUUUGGUCUCUCCCCAGUAUUGCAUACUCAGACUUUGACCACCUGAGAAGAACACUUUUACGAAAUCUGAAAUAUGACACACGUGACCUGACAAUGUAUAAGGAUGGCAAUGGCACUAUGGUGGCCACCAUCAAUCACCUACAUGAACUUAUGGAAAUAUGUCUACAACAAGGAGAAGCAAUACCGUUCCUGGCUCAAGAUCUAGUGCUGAUCAACUUUUUUGAUCAAAGACCAGAUACUGCCAACAGAAUAUUUUCCCUCAAAGUUGCUGAAAUGCUGGAAAGUCAUGUCAGAGGAUCACAGGCUACAUGCCUUUACAUCAUCGCAGCCUACCAUCUCACCGAACCAUUUUAUAAUGUAGAAUUUGGUACACCAGAACAGAUCCAAAUGUCUGUGUCUACAGGAAUCACCAUUUUCCGUUUAUGGCGCAGAUACCUUGAGUUGAAGAAGAUGCGCCUACAUGCUCUUCCAAAUGCGUCCAAAAUAAAGGAAAAAAGAGGACAUUUUCUUACUUAUGGUGCUUACACGACUGCUGAACUAAUCUUCUCUGCUGCUUCUUUACAUUGCCUUGCAAUGUUUUUGCACUUCAAAGACCUUGGCCCAUCACUAUGCUCCCCUAACCGUUCUGGUACAAUUUCAACGGAAAAAAUCAUUGGCCAGUUACAAGGGAAAACUACUAAUAUCCAAACUUUGGACACAUCACCAACAUUUGGCGAUAUGUUAAAUCGUUCAAAGGAUCUGCAAUUUAUAACAGAAGCUAUAAAUGACUUGUCCUCCUAUGAAGGAGUCAGAAUACCAUCAACUAGCAAUAGGAAAACAUCACAUUUCCGUUCAACUAGCAACCCACAACCUACAAACUACCAGUACCCUGACAGUUACCAGGAAUUCCUUAAAAAGCAGCAGGAUAUGCAUAAGAGGGGGGUUAAAAGAGCACAGGAACUUAUAAAUAAGUUUCUUCCUGAGGAUUUUUCAACUCUUUUAGAGUCACAUGGGGUAUGGGAUUUACCUUAUUCUUUUAAGAAGCCAACAGGUAUAAAGAUGGUAAGUGUAGGCCCUCCACCUAAAGAAUACAAUAAAUUACAUGUAUCAUUAUCCUCAAGUGCUGAUUCAGCAGCUGUCAUUAGCAACACCGAGGAAGAAAAUGCAACUGACAUCGACGACGUGCAAGUGGAAGAAGAAGAACAACCAAAAGGGUCAACAACAGACAGCAAGGAUAGCGAUCCUUCAUCACACACUUCUGUCAGCGAUGUUGAAGAUAGCGAUAGUGACCACGAUGAUCACAACAGUGAUACAGGUAAAAGUGUCCCACCCAACAUGAGAUGGUAUAUUAAAAAGGAUGGAAAUAAUGUGCACAUCUCCAAAGCUCUUAAAGUUCUGUUACCUAGGGAGUACAUCUCAAAAGAACGAUCCAGAAGACACUGGGUAGGAAAAUCCCUUAUUCAAGCUUGGAGUAAGAUAGAUAAAAGUCAUGAUGUGAUCAGGUUCCGGGACGUGGCUGUAAGGGUCAAAGACCAGGUGGAGUUCUUGCACAUUCUCUCUAUACAAUCAGAGGAGGUGAAAGAACAGAUAAGUGCAAAUUCGAAAAAUAAAGGGUCAGUGAGAGGUCGACCAUACACUGAAGUAAGUCAAGGUAAAUAUGAUGUUCCUUACAAGAUUUUAUUGUCCAAGUGGAUCCCUCUCAAUAAAGUGCUUUGUGAAAUUGAAAUGGUGAAGAAUGAGGAUGGCACAUCUUCAUUAUCUGAGGACAGCAUUGCCAAACUGCAACUGAAGGAAAAAGACAACCUGAAAAUUGCUAGCACUGCAGAUACAAAUACUGAUGAUGACUACUAUGAGGUGGAAAAGGUUUUAGAAGUAAGACUCAACAAGCAGUUCCACUCAGAAGAAUACAAAGUUAGGUUUAAAGGAUACACCUCUGAUGAUGACAUGUGGCUGCCAAGCUCUGCUUUUAAAGAGCCUGUCACUUUCCACACCGUUUCAAAAAGGGGUCGUCUGAGAAAGCAUAGGAUGAAAGAGGGAUCAUCAGCUCCUGAAACCCAAGGAAAUAAUCCAAGAAAGACUCCUACAGAGACUAACCUUAAAAGGAAAUAUGUCCAUGAAUUAAAGACAGGUAAUACAAAUAAUCAUUUUAUACAACUGUAUUCUUUUAUAAUCGCUAUAAUAGGAAUUGGAGCAGAUAACCUACCUCUCUAUGUAGCCAGUAUAAUAUCUUAUCUAAUUUGUUUAAGAUCACACAGAGGCAACAGCAGACAUGGACACUGAUGGAAUCCCCUGUAAUCUAAAGCUAAUGUGCUAGACAUUGUAAUAGUAAUCUGAUCUGGGAGAUCAUGGUAGCAAUUAGAUUGAAAUAAAGCCUCUGAUACCUAAUUUCUGUUAUUCUUUCAGAGGAAUAUACAGGAAGGAAGAAAAUAAAGCUCUUGAAAGAAGACUCAGCUAAAGGUAUAAUCCAAUCCAACAAAUCAUGUUAUGAAUAAAGGGACAGCUAAUCAAAAAGCCCGCACUAAAAUACCUACAGUAUAUAAUUUUCUGUAAAUUUUACACAAUUCUCAUUCUGUCUGGACACAUUCCUUUACUUAACAGUUGUGAGAAAGUUCUCUUUGCUCAUUUUUGCUCGUUUUCCUACACAAAUCACUGACAAAAUGACAGAAGAUUUAUGGAAAUGAAAAUGUAAAAGUAAUGACUAAUAUUUCAAGUAGAGUUAGUUAACUUUGUUAACCCCUCUAAUUAAUUUUCAAUGCAAUGAAUAUAUUUCUGUAUUACAGAUGGCAAGGGAGACAAGGAGAGAGGGUCCAAAAGAAAAAAAGAUGUCUCAUGCUCUGCAAAAAGGUACUACAUGUAAGAAUUGUUUUAUGACAAAAGACCUGGAACUACAGAGUUCUUUUCCAUAAAAGAAUCGUAACCCGACAAUACCCCGAUUGCCUGAGGCCUAGAUAUUACAUGGCUAUUGUCAUGGAUGAUUUCUUUAAGGUGCGUGUAGAUUCAUAUGGGCUACAAAAUAGCAUAAUAAAGGAUUUAAAAACACUGAAGUGGCUCAUGUCAUGUUCUGGUACGUUCUCCUUACAUAUAGGUAAGAAGCCUAAAAAAGGAAAGCAAUCGAGAGAUGGAAGACAUUUUCGCCAAACAGUUAACCAGAUGACAGGUAUCAGAGAUGAUUACCUGUCUUCAGAAGAUGAAGAAGAUUCAAAAAAACUGGUCACCUUUGCAUCUACCCAUCAGGGUGACAGUGAUCAACCUCUCUACCACUAUCCAGGUCAACAGUGUGCUGGAAUUGCUUUCAUAUCCCUUCUCUAUAGCACCAUUCUUCCAGUUGCUUCUUGGAAGAAAUGA